UCCUUUCUUCUCCUUUCAUCUCUUAUUUCUGACAAAAUUCGACAGCCCUCGACACAAUCGAGGGCCCUGUAUUCCUCACGCUCUUCUGCGAUCUUGAUUUGCUCACGAAUCCGCCAUCUCCAUUUUCUCUUUCUGUUCAAGAAGCCCUUCCGGAUCCGGAAGUGGUUCGAAAUGCGAGACCUUUGGUGUUGCAUCGGGCGCCUAUAUCAUCUUCUCGGGCGAAAAGUACCUACUUCCCAAAUUGUGUAAAGUAUUUCUUUGAAGUUUGGGCAAUCGCCGUGCCGUGAAGAUGCCAUUUUUGAAUCCGAUGCUGCAUAGAGCUUCGCAGGCAUCGGCGUUCAGAGACGAAGAAGUGUGAAUUCUUCUCUGGCUUCGUCCUUUUUGUACGGACUUAAAGAUAGAUAUCCUUGGUUCUAGGCUAGCACCCACUGCUCUUUUUAGAUGGUAUGCAUUGCUAGCUUGAGAAGUUUUAUUGGUCGAGCAACGAAUCUUAAGGGGUGCUCAUCUUCAAGAAGAAAGUGGGAGAUUGCGUUUUGCUGGCGAGAUCUGAAUGCGAGGCUUCGAGUAAACUGGGUUCAGAGUUACCGCAGGUUGAGAGCUAUCGCGACGAUGAUGGCAGAUUCGACCGCCACGGGGGGGCCUAUAACAGUCAUCAAUGCUUUGCCUGAGAAAGGCUAUCACGAGGGAGGCGAGGUCGGUUAUGCCAGUGGAUGUUGGAAAAGAUUUUGUGGGUUUUCUUGGUUGCUUGAUAGUGAGGAUGGAAGAUUGAGGGGUGGAUAUUCGAGCUUUAGAGGAAAGAGAGCAAGUAUGGAAGACUUCUAUGACAUCAAGAACUCCAAAAUAGAUGGGAAAACAGUUUUUCUCUUUGGAGUAUUCGAUGGUCAUGGUGGCUCACGUGCAGCUGAAUAUUUGAAGGACCACUUAUUUGAAAACCUUUUGAGACAUCCAAAGUUUAUGGCAGAUACAAAAACAGCUAUACGUGAAACAUAUCAAAAGACUGAUUCCGAUUUCUUGGAUGUUCAAAUCAAUACUUUCAGAGAUGAUGGCUCUACAGCUUCAACUGCAAUUCUGCUUGGCAACCGUUUAUUUGUAGCAAAUGUUGGAGAUUCUCGUGCUGUGAUAUCAAAAGAUGGAAAAGCUGUACCUCUUUCUGACGAUCACAAGCCAAACAGAAUUGAUGAGCGCAAACGAAUUGAGGAUGCGGGAGGAGUAGUAAUGUGGACAGGGACUUGGAGAGUAGGAGGUGUAUUAGCAAUGUCACGUGCAUUUGGUAAUCGUUUGCUAAAACAGUAUGUUGUGGCACAUCCUGACAUUCAGGAAGAAGAAGUUGGUAAAGACCUAGACAUCUUGGUUCUUGCUAGCGAUGGUUUGUGGGAUGUCGUACCAAAUGAGGUGAGCUAUUUUCUCUAAACUAAUCAUACAUUCGC